GCCAAGACUUUCGUCGCGUCAUCGCCGAAAUAAGUGGGAAACAACCCUCCAACCCACUUCACCGCUCACGCACACGAACAUACAAGCACAAAAUGGAAGAGGAGGAAGAGCAUGCGCAAGCGGUGGCCGAGUUUCGGCGACUUCUCCCAGCGAGAACCGGCAGUGACAGUAUACCACAUUCGUCCAACAUAGCCCCGCUCGACCGUACACAACUGCUCGCUCUCAUGGCCAACAGCUCAACCCCUGUCACAUUCACAUGGAAAAAAUCCGUGCUGCAGCUGAUGCACUACGCUUUUCUUGGUGUUGCCACGGCAAGGGAUGAUCUCGAGUUCUGCGGUGGUGGUCGCGGCUCUGGUGCAAAGGGAAUGACAUACAGUGACGAUGACGCCAGUGAUGCUGAUAAUGAUGGUGCUGGGGACGCCAGUCGCGGUGCAAGAAGAAGGCCGAGUCGGGUGAGCAGGCGCGGGAGUGGCAGCGUUGGAGAUGCCAGUGCCGUCAAUGACAUUGGAGGGCACGGUGAUGGCGACGACGACGAAGACGAUGCACACGUGCCCCUGUUUCGCCUUCCUCCUCCUGUACCCCCAUCAGCGAUUGAUCCCAUCCUCGAGCUCGGGUCGUCGCUCGCGUCUGCCGGCGUGGCGAUGCGGUCUGGCCUCUCCGCGGCCACGGGUGUCUUCGGCAGCCUCGUCCUCGGCGCAGGAUCGACGUUUGGGCGAGCAGCAACGACGGCGGGCUCAACACUCGUCUCCACCAUCAGAUCAAACCUCGCGGCGCUGCAUCGGUUACGCGAGCGGUCACAACAAUCGCGCGCAGGGAACGAAGCGCUUGAUCUGACGCCCGAGGAACAGGCCGUGCUGGAUGCAAAGUUGGCGGAGAUGGAGAAGGUGUUGGAGGAGGAACUGAAGCAACUGCAGGAGCAGGAAGUUGAUAUCUAUGUAGAGAAGUUCACGGAGGCGAUGGAGAUGUCGCGCAAGUUGGCUGAGAUGGAACGCGUCAUGCAGCAGAAGAAUGAGGAAAUUCUGCUCCAGCGCGAAAUUGUUGCGCUGGAGAUGGAGGAGAAUCGACUCAACCCGGAGCCCGACGACUCGCGUGCCGAGCUCUCAGAACGUCUGUGUACAUAUGAGCAUACCCCGAGUUACCUCCAAUACUUUUUGCAGUAA